UAAAACACUCCGUCGUGGCUGAAGCAUAGAAGUCAGGCAUAGAAGAAAAGCAAGCGGCUGGACACUGGGCUGUGUUGUUCCUAAAGUGGACGUGGAGGAAGGAUGGCACAGAACCAGAAGGCGUGGGUACAGAGGAGAUGCCAGCACCCAAAGUGAAGGGCAAGCUAGACUCAAAAGAUGAAGGCAUUGGCGGUCACGGAGGUGGAUGUCAGCAGGGCUGAAUCGGGGUAGAUGGGGCGGGAGGAAUCCAGCCAGCGCCGUGGGGAGAAAAAGUUCAACCUCCGCAGGUUCCGGGCAGCCAGGCGGACCUCCCAGACUUGGGCUGGGGCGGGCACCGACGGAGCGGCCCUGCCCACACCGCGGCUCCCGGAGACAGGCCAGCUCGAGAUGCGGCGGCUGCUGCUGCUCGUGCCCCUGCUGCUGGCCCCGGCGCCCGGGUCCUCGGUUCCCAAGGUGAAGCGGCAGAGCGACAGCUGGGGCUCCUGGGGUAACUGGAGCCCCUGCAGCCGGACCUGUGGAGGGGGCAUCAGCUUCCGGGAGCGCCCCUGCCACUCCCAGAGGAGAGAUGGGGUCUCUGGCUGCGUGGGGCCCACGCGGAGCCACCGCACCUGCCGCACUGAGAGCUGCCCGGACGGCGCCCGAGACUUCCGAGCGGAGCAGUGCUCAGAGUUCGAUGGCCAGGAGUUCCAGGGGCGGCGGUACAAGUGGCUGCCCUACUAUGCGGCCCCAAACAAAUGUGAACUGAACUGCAUUCCCAAGGGGGAGAGCUUCUACUAUAAGCACAGGGAGGCUGUCGUAGACGGGACACUCUGUGAGCCUGGCAAACGGGACAUCUGUGUGGAUGGCAGCUGCCGGGUUGUCGGCUGUGACCACAACCUGGACUCGUCAAAGCAGGAGGACAAGUGCCUGCAGUGUGGGGGUGAUGGCACCACCUGCUACCCCGUCACAGGUGUCUUUGAUGCCAAUGACCUCAGCAGAGGCUACAACCAGAUCCUCAUAGUUCCCAUGGGGGCCACCAGCAUCCGCAUCGAGGAGGUGGCUGCCAGCAGGAAUUUCCUGGCGGUGAAGAGCGUGCAUGGUGACUACUACCUAAACGGGCACUGGACCAUCGAGGGCGCCCGGGCCCUGCCUGUGGCCAGCACCAUCCUGCACUAUGAGCGGGGAGCUGAGGGGGACCUGGUGCCUGAGCGGCUCCAUGCCCGCGGCCCCACCUCGGAGCCCCUGGUCAUUGAGCUCAUCAGCCAGGAGCCCAACCCCGGAGUCCGCUUUGAGUACCACCUGCCCCUGAGUGCUCCCCGGCCCGGCUUCAGCUGGAGCCACAGCUCCUGGGGUGACUGCAGCGCCGAGUGUGGUGGAGGUCACCAGACCCGCCUGGUGUUCUGCACCAUUGACAACGAGGCCUAUCCUGACCACAUGUGCCAGCACCAGCCACGGCCAGCUGACCGCCGCCCCUGCAGCCCUCAGCCCUGCCCACACACCAAGCGGACCUCUUACCUGCACCGGCCCAGAGUGUGGCACCUUGCUGGGGCCCAUCGUGUGUGCGGGAACAGCUGGAAGACAGGGCCCUGGACGCCCUGCUCAGCCUCCUGUGGGGGCGGCUCCCAGUCCCGCUCUGUCUUCUGCAUCUCAUCUGACGGGGCCGGCGUUCAGGAGGCCACGGAGGAUGCUGAGUGUGCAGGCCUGCCUGGGAAGCCCCCUACCACGCAGGCCUGCAACCUGCAGCGCUGCGCAGUCUGGAGAACGGAGCCCUGGGGAGAGUGCUCUGUCAGCUGCGGUGCCGGGGUCCGGAGGCGGAGUGUCACCUGCCAGGGUGACGAGGGGUCUCUGCUCCAUGCCACAGAAUGCUCCUUGGGGGACCGUCCCCCCCUCACUGAGCCCUGUGUGCGUGACGACUGUCCCCCUCUCAGUGACCAGGCCUGGCAUGUAGGCGCCUGGGGUCUAUGCUCCCAGAGCUGCAGCUCAGGCACUCGGAGGCGCCAGGUCGUCUGCGCCACAGGGCCGCCCAGCCACUGCAGGAGCCUGCAGUCGUCGAAGCCUGCGGAUGUGGAGCCCUGUAACACGCAGCCCUGCCAUCUUCCUCCAGAGGUCCCCAGCAUCCAGGAUGCACACAGCAGCCCCAGGGACCCCUGGAUGUCUCUGGGCCCUCGAGAAGCCCCCGCCUCAGAUUUCAGAGGCCAGAGGUGGGCACCCCGGGAGCAGCCGUCAGCUCGGGGUAACCCCAGAGGAGACCAGAGCCCACACCUGCUGGCCCGGGGCCCAGCCCCAUCUCUGCAGCACCCCUCGUACCGGCAGCCCCUGUGGUCGGGCUCAGGGCCCCAGGACUGCAGACACAGCCCCCACGGAUGCUGCCCUGAUGGCCGUACCGCGUCUCUUGGGCCGCAGUGGCAAGGCUGCCCUGGGGCCUCAUGUCAGCAGAGCAGGUUUGGGUGCUGCCCUGACGGGGUGUCUGUGGCUGAGGGGCCCCAUCAAGCUGGCUGCUCGAGGUCUUAUGGACGUGACAACACCGGGAGCAGGCCAGGGUCAAGAGCGGUGGCUUCCACAGCCCCCAAAGCCCGUCAGCCCCAGGCCCAGCAGAAUGAGCCCAGUGAGUGUCGGGCUUCCCAGUUCGGCUGUUGCUAUGACAACGUGGCCUCUGCUGCCGGCCCUCUUGGGGAAGGCUGUGUGGGCCAGCCCAGCUACGCAUACCCUGUGCGGUGCCUGCUGCCCAGCGCCCACGGCUCCUGCACAGACUGGGCCGCCCGCUGGUACUUCAUUGCCUCUGUGGGCCAGUGUAACCGGUUCUGGUACGGCGGCUGCCAUGGCAACGCCAAUAACUUUGCCUCGGAGGAGGCGUGCAUGAAUAGCUGCCGAGGACCUCAGCAUGGACCCCGCCGAUCUGGGCCUGGGGCCUCUGGCCAGAGCACCCACAGAGAUGGUGGUGGCAGUGGUCCUGGGGGCCAGCAGGUGGCCGGCCGGCAUGGGACGGGGCCCAAGGUCCAAAGGAAGCCCUUGCCUUCUGGUGGCCCCUGGUGGCGAGACCGAGAAUCGGGGCUGGGGGCCGUGGACCACAGACAGGCCUUUGGAGAACGGCGCCAGGGCCAGGAGCUUGGGCCCAGUGCCCCCGGACUGGGCGGCGACACAAGACGACACGUGCCACCUUCCCACGGCUCCUCCUACAGGAUUGCCCUGGUGGGCUCGGAGUCCUCCCUGGUGCAGGCAGCCCUGGGGCAGGUGGUGCGGCUCUUCUGCCCUGAUGACACCUCCUUGGACACCAGGUGGCAGAAGGAUGGGCGGCCUGUCUCCUCUGACAGGCACAAGUUGCAGCCUGAUGGCUCCCUGGUCAUCAGCCCCCUGCGGGCGGAGGAUGCUGGCAUCUACAGCUGUGGCAGCACCAGGCCAGACCGUGACUCUGGGAAGAUCCGGCUUCGCAUCACAGGGGAUGACAUGGCCGUGCUGUCUGAGGCUGAGACAAGGCACUUCCCUCAGACGAGGGACCCCAGCCUGGAGGGGGAUGCUGGGAGCCUGGGGGCCGUCUCCUCCUCGCACCCACAGCCCACGACCAGGCUGCGUCUGGAUCGGAACCAGCCUAGGGUAGUGGAUGCCCAUCCAGGCCAGCGGACUCGGCUGACCUGUCGCGCUGAGGGCUUCCCACCUGCAGCCAUUGAGUGGCAGAGAGACGGGCAGCCACUUUCUUCUCCCAGACACCAAGUGCAGCCCGAUGGCUCUCUGGUCAUCAGCCAUGUGGCUGUGGAAGACGGCGGCUUCUACACCUGUGUCGCAUUCAAUGGGCAGGACCGAGACCAGCGUUGGGUCCAGCUCAGAGUUCUGGGGGAGCUGACCAUCACAGGCCUGCCCUCUACGAUGACGGUGCCAGAAGGUGACACGGCCAGGCUGCUGUGUGUGGUGGCAGGAGAAAGUGUGAACAUCAGAUGGUCCAGGAACGGGCUGCCGGUGUGGGCCGAUGGCCACCGUGUCCACCAGUCCCCAGAUGGCACGCUGCUCAUCCACAACCUGCAGGCCAGGGACGCGGGCUCCUACACAUGCAGCGCCUACCGUGGAAACCAGGCUGUCAGCCGCAGCACCGAGGUGAAGGUGGUCCCGACGGCACUGGCCACCCAGCCGAAGGACCCCAGUAGGGACUGCGUCGACCAGCCAGAGCUGGCCAACUGCGACUUGAUCCUUCAGGCCCAGCUCUGCGGCAAUGAAUACUACUCCAGCUUCUGCUGUGCCAGCUGCUCUCGUUUCCAGCCUCCCGCUCAGCCCAUCUGGCAGCGAGGACGAAGGCUCGCUGCAGCCCCAGUUCCGAGACAACGUCUAGGGCUAGGAGCACGGGAGACCGGCUCUCGCUCUCCCCCGUCUGGCCGGCAGAGGCAGUUAUCAUCCUGAUAACUGGCCUGUCCAAAGCUGCUCCAGCUGUUGGGCAGUCCUCAGCAGGGUCUGCUUCCCUGACUUAAUAACCAUAGCUGCCUGCUGAGUUGUCAAGAAUCUAUUUGGAUAAUUUCCCUCCAGAAUUUCAGUUAUAUAGAAUCAGUUCACUGUGUCUGAAUGCAAACCAGGGUUCUCACUUCAUUUAUAAAGCUAGGUGGUGGUGGGGUUUAA